AUGGACGUCGUAAAGCCCCCGGAAUCGCUGCACCUGUCCGGCAACAUCAGGAAAAACUGGCUGGUGUUCAAGCAGAAGCUGCAGCUGUUCAUCACUGCUACGGAACCGGAGAAGCCCCGCCCAUCGGCCGUAAAAGCAGCGAUUCUUCUGAGCACCGCGGGGGACGAGGCGCUCGAUGUCUACAACUUCUCGUUUGCCGCAGGUGAGAACCGAGAAGAUUAUGACACGUUAGUGCGGAAGUUUGAAGAAUACUGUGUCGACCAGGGUAAUGAAGUCUACGAAAGGCACAUUUUCCGACUGCGAACACAGGAAGAGGCCGAGCCUUUUGAGCGGUUCCUACGGGACUUAAAAAAGCAGGCAAAGCUGUGCAACUUCGGUUCACUUGAAGAAUCUAUGAUCAGGGAUCAAGUGGUUUUUGGCACAAAUAAUGCAAAACUUCGAGAAAAGUUGCUAAGUGACAAAGACUUAAACUUGCAGAAAGCAGAAGAAAUUUGCAAAGCCGCUGAGCUUUCUGCCCUUCAGAGCGCAGCAUGGUCAAAGGAAAGCCUGCACGUUGACUUCACAAAUCGCACAAACCGCACGAAGUUUGCGAAUGCAACUCGUUGUCGAAAUUGUAACAAGGUACAUGCCCCCGAGUGGUGCCCGGCAUAUGGGAAAACUUGUUAUGCAUGCAAGAAACGAAAUCACUUCGCCGCAUGCUGCAACAAUGCUCGCAGGAUAAACGAGGUGCACAAAUUGGAAGAAGGCGACGAAAACUUUGACAUCUUGGGCAUCAGCAUUUGCGGCGUCACCGGAGCCAUAGGAGCGGAUUGGGUGGUUCGCGGCAAAAUAGCCGGUCUGGAGAUACAAUUCAAAGUAGAUACCGGGUCUCAGGCAAAUUUGCUGCCCCUAUCCCUGUUCAACCGAAUUGCCAACGCAAGCACUCCGCGUAAGAGCGCGGCCGUCCUCACAGCAUACAACGGCAGCGCAAUCAAGCACGUUGGCGUGGCAACCGAAGAUCUCGAGAUAAGCGAAACGCAGCAUUCCGUCUCGUUCUUUAUCGUGAAAAAGGGGCGCCAAGCUAUCCUUGGCUUAAAGGCAUGCCAACAGUUUGGUCUGAUACCGGUGACUGCGGACGCUGUGAAUGUAGGCUAUACGCGAACGGAAUUCCAGCUUGCCUUUCCUGACCUCUUCAGCGGCACCGGCUGCGUCAAGCGACCCUACAAAAUGGUGCUACGAGAGGAUGCCGUUCCAGUCGUCCAACCUGCCCGCAGAGUACCCAUAGCAUUGAAAGGACGCCUGCGACAAGAACUCCAAAGAAUGGAAAAGGCCUCAAUCAUCGUCAAGGUGGAUGAACCAACCGAUUGGGUAAGCCCCCUGGUUGUUGUGCACAAGAAGGAUGGUACGCUUCGCAUUUGCAUGGACCCGAGAGCAGUGAACAGGAGCAUUAAGCGGGAGCACUAUCCUAUGCCUUCACGAGAGGACAUAGAGAGCGAACUGGCAGGAGCAAAAUACUUCUCCCGGCUCGACGCCAAUGCCCGCUUUCAUCAGAUUCCUUUAGACGAGGCCACGUCACGAAUAUGCACUUUUGCGACACCAUUUGGGCGGUACCGUUUUUUACGUCUCCCUUUCGGAAUUUCAUCGGCGAGCGAGGUGUUCCAAAAGACGUUAACAGAGAUGUUCGAAGGGCUGCCGGGAGUGCGCGUCUACGUAGACGACGUUUUAAUAUGGGGCGACUCUAAGGAAGAACACGACGAACGCGUCACUGCUGUGCUGAGACGGGCACAGGAGGAAGGGCUAACAUUUAAUCCAGCUAAGUGUGUGUUCUGUACCACACAGGCUGCAUUCCUUGGCGAUGUAAUGGACGAGACGUAA